ACCCACAGAGCUCAGCCAAGAAACUCAAAGAACAAGUGAAUUCGUUCACCCUCAAAAAGCACGCCGCAACCAAGAAAUGAAGUUCUCCAAUCUCGCUAUGGCUCUUGGCCUCAUGGCUUCCCACGCGGUAGCCACGCCUAUCGACGACUCCGUUGAGAGGGGCGAGCUGACAAAAGCUUCGGAGGUCUCUGAGCUGGAUAGGAGGCAGUGCGCGGCCUGCGGUGUCUACCUCUGCGCCGGCAAGGAUUUCACCGGCGAGUGCUACUGGGGCUGCUACCCACCGCGCACGCUGAUCGAGGUGGACUCGUACUGGAGGACUCAUAUCGCUUCUGUUGGGCCGGACCGGGGCUGCUACUGCACGCUUGGUACACCCGAGCUGUCGUCCUGCCAGGGCUUUGAGUAUCCUGGAGGUAACCUUGAGAAAAAUGCCUGCUGGGGCAAUGUAGGCAACUUUUACUGCGUGCCUACCUAAAGACCAUGACGAAAGGGGGACUUCUUAGCUGGCUUUUGGGCUCUUGGAAACAGGCUGGAUAAAUAACCAAGCUAGAAAUAUCCCGUAUGGCUACGAUAUGUUCCACAAUGUGCCGGCUUGCCGACCGGGUUGUCCUUGAUGUAAGCGGCAGCACAAGGCAGUGCUACCUACCACCUUGAAGAUAAGUCCGCGG